UCCGAGUCGAGUUCCACACGGGAGGGAAUGUGAUGUGGGAGUCAAGUGAGAUGUGAAAUGUCUUGUGCAGCUAGAUUAGCUAGCAAGUGGCCGGUCUGACAGUUUACCGCGUUGUCCACAUGACCGCAGAUUAUUUGAACGGCUGAAGUAAUGAGUUCAAGACGCAGCUCAACUAGCCAGGAGUAAUAAUAACAAGACGUCCUCCAAGUGGGUCGAAUGGGAGUGGUGCGUAGCUGGCGCUGGUUGGUUGCCCGGGUGAUGCGCGUCUUGCUGCGAUGGAGCCGCCUCUGCAGUUGGAACAGGCGUGGCCAGCUGCUCCUUAAGCCCCGCCCCCUCUUCUCCUAUUGGCUCCUGGUACUGAAGUCUCUCUACUACAAUUCGCUGUGUGACUCUGACGCGGUAUUGGACGCCGUCUUCGAGCCCAUCUAUUGGGUGGUAGACACCUUCACACGCUGGUUUGGGGUGGUGUUUGUGUGUCUGGUGUGUGUGUUGACUACCUCAGUGGUAGUGAUUGUGUAUGUGUGUGUGCUGCCCCUGUUUCUGGAGUCCUACUCUCCUCUCCGCGUUCUAUUCCAUCUGCUCUACGGGAACUGGAACCUUCUGAUGAUCACAUUCCACUACUACAAGGCAACACACACACACCCAGGCAGCCCAGCACAGGACAGAAGAGAAGGAUCUUCAGUGACGAUGUGUAAGAAGUGUAUCGCCCCCAAACCAGCACGCACACACCACUGCAGCGUAUGCAACAGGUGUAUCAUGAAGAUGGACCACCACUGUCCGUGGCUGAAUAACUGCGUCGGCCAUUUUAAUCAUCGUUACUUCUUCAGUUUCUGUCUCUUCAUGACUCUGGGCUGCGUGUACUGCAGCGUCAGCUCUCUAGACCUGUUCCUGGACGCAUACAACGCCAUCGAGGCGACCUAUCAGAGUCCAGCUCCUGACUUCACCUUCGCAGAGAAACUCUCACACAAGAGUCUCGUCUACCUCUGGGUCCUCACCAGUUCUGUUGCAGUAGCGCUGGGCGGUCUCACCUUAUGGCAUUGGCUGCUGAUCAUGAGAGGAGAGACCAGCGUAGAGAGACACAUACACAAGAAGGAGACCAGGCGUCUGCAGGAGCAGGGCAAGGUGUUCCGGAACCCGUACCACUUUGGCCGGCUGAACAACCUGAAGAUCCUCUUUGGAGUGGAGAAGAGGAGUCAUUGGCUGACCAGGGUUCUGUUGCCGUCGUCCCACCCGCCCUAUGGAGAUGGAGUCACCUGGGACACACACUCACCCCCACACACACACACACACCACCGGACCGACCCCAUGGCUAUAUAACACACACACACACACACACACACACACACACACACACACACACACACACACACACACACACACACACACACACACACACACACACACACACACACUCCCUCUCUGCAGCCACUGGACACCAGCAUCGCCCCCCUGUGGAUCGUAAGGGAAGUGCAGUCUCUUCUGAUCCAACAUGGAGGUCAGGCUGGCAUCAGUAGCUAUAAGUCCAGCCUGCUGGCCACAGGGGACUGGGCUACUGACCCACCAGGCCAGAUCCAACAUGGCGGUCAGGCUGGCUGAAGUCAGUCGCCCACACACAAGACGCCCUCUAACUACAGACAACUACUGCUACUGACGCCCUUUAACUACAGACAACUACUGCUACUGACCGAGCCAGCUCUUCACAUCCAACAAAUACAGUAGAAGUGUUGCAGACUACUGGACUACUGACUCAUCAGAUCCAACAUGGCGGACAGUCUGGCUGCAGUUGCUGCUCCUACCCAGAAGCCUCUUGGCCACAGGACUGGGAUACUGACUGGCCAGGUCAGAUCCAACAUGGCGGUCAGGCUGGCUGCUGUCUCCUUCCCAGAAGCCUCUUGGCCACAGAGGUCAGAUCCAACAUGGCGGACAGUCUGGCUGCUGUCUCCUUCCCAGCAGCCUCUUGGCCACAGGGCACUGGACUUCUGACUCAUCAGGAGCUCUCAUGGCGCUGUAGAUGGCGGAAACGCACAUCUGGGAGCGUAUCUAUGUUCCCCUGGUCAUAUGUUCCCCGGGUCCUAUGUUCCCCUGUCUUUGUAUGGGACCGGGGAACUUAGGACCCUUUUUCUAAAAAAGGGUUCUAUGUUCCCCGCAUUGUAUGUUUCCGAGUUUUCAAAUUGUGCCCUUCCCAAAACCAUCCCUAAACCUAACCUGACAGUAAUGCAAUGUUUCUGAGAUAUUUCCAAGAUGGCGGCCAUUACAAGAUGGCUACCUCUGAUAUUACCAAGAUGGCGCCGCCUUCCUCUGUGUGGAGAUUCAGCCAUGAUGACAUGACUCUUCAGUCAUUAACUGACGAUAACUGACUUGACUUUUUAUACUAAAGAACUCUAGAGAAAUGUGUUUAGUGGAAACAGUGUGUUAUGAGUUUUGUGUGUUUGUGUGUGUGUAACCAAUAGUGUGUGUGCAUCUGUUGUCAGAAAUGUGUGUAACCAGCAAGGUGUGUGUGUGUGUGUGUGUGU